AGGUCCCGCGCGGGCGCCACCGAGCGCGGACCUCCGUCGCAUCCUAGAGCGGCCGCGCGGGACCCGGCCGGCGGCGCACUUCCGCCCGGGCGCAUUGUAGCCCCGCGGACAGCUGGGCCAGGGUGCGGGCCUGCGCCUCCCUCGGCUCCUGGCGCGGGCCUCGGGGAGAGGCUCUAAGAUGGAGGACAGCGAUAUCUGCCCUAGGCACACCACAGGGUGAUUGCAGGGUUGACACUGCCUGCCUGAAAAUGAAGAGCGCCGGUUCUCAACCUGGCAGCCAGUAGAAUCGCUUGGGAAGCCUCCAAAUGCUGAUGCCCCAUCAUCACCGGGGAAUUGUGAUCUGCGGCCAGGACCGAGAUCCACGGGCCCGGAGUGAAAUGACAGUACUGUGAUCACGAUUGGAAUAUGCACUUCGCCGAACGUGGAUCACAGUCUUGAGAAAGCAAGCAGCUGGGUUUUUUUUUUUUUUUUUUUCCAAGAAGACAGGGACCUAAUCUGGUUUGCUCGCAUUUAAUUCCUAGUGCCUAGAAUGGUGCAUGUCCCAAAACAUGCACCAUUGAUUAAAUAAUUUCUGAUUACUUCCCGACCUGUUUGGAGGGUUUUCAUUAUAUUUGUUUUUAAAUUAUUAUGGAAACCUUCACGUCAUAUAUGAAAAUUGAAUAGUAUACUGAACUCCCAAUUCAUGAUCGAUUCUGUUUCAUCUGUUACCCUCUCCCCCACUGUAGUAUUUUAAAGAAAAUCUGAAAUGUACCAUUCCAUCUGUUACCUUGUUCAUGUUUAUAAAACACAAUAACACCUGUUUAAAACAUAAAGCCAUUAUCAGUGUACUUAGCACUUCAUUUUACCCUCUGCUAUCCAGUCAGCAUUUACAUUUUCCUAGUUGUCUCUCUCCUCUUACCCAGUUUGUCCAAAUCAGUAUCCAAACAAUCUACACACGUUAUAUUUGGUUGAUGUCUCUUAGAUCUCUCUUAAUCUUUUUCCCUCGCUCUUUAUUUUGUUCCCUGUAUUUUACUUGAACAAGUCAUUUGUACGGUUCACGUUUUCUACAUCCAGGAUUUUGCUUUUUCCAUUUCUGGUAUCCUUUAAUAAGCAGGUAUUUAGACCUGCAGCCUUGUUCAGGUCAGGUUUUAUUGGCAAGAGAACUUAAUGGGGCAUUACUGUGUUUUUCACAUUGUAUCACACCAGGAGUUAGAUAGCAUCUUGCCUCUCUCUGUGGACCUUUUAUGUACAAGUAGCACCAUAGGGUAACAAUUGACCAGGGAAUGCCAGCAAAUACAUGCAAAAGAAAUGAGAGAAUAUCACCUUUUGGCAACCCCUAAUGAAAUAAUGGAUCCUGGCAAUGAUCACUAGCGGCUGUUAACAUCAGAAAGAGAGACAGCUAGACAAUGCGUGCUGCCUAAUUGGGUACUUCCAUCAGACAGCACACCGUUUGUCUUAUCAGGUAUUCUUGGAGUAAUGGGGGUGGUGUGUAUAGAUGAAACAUGAUUGCCUAUGAGUUAACAGUUGCUGAAGUUCAAUGAUGGGUGUAUGGCAUUGCAUUAUGCUAAUCUCUACUUCUGUAUGUGUCUGAAGUUUUUCAGAAUAAAACUUUUUUAAAAAAGAUUGAUUAGUUGAGUAGUGAGUUUAGGUCAGCCUGAUCCAUACAUUGCAGUUAUCUGUUAGCCUUUCACUAAGUGGUUCUCAAAUCGGACUCCAUGUUAGGAUCACAGGAGAAGGCUUUUUAUUUUAUUUAUUUAUUUUUUAAUACUAAAACAUGUCUCACUUGCAGAAUUUCCUAUCUAAAUGUUUUGGGAUGGAGCCCAAUUAUUGAUAUGGUUUUUUGUUUUGUUUGGGACUACAGGUGUAUGCCACCAUGUCCGGCUAAUUUUUUAUAGAGACAGAGUCUUGCCAUGUUCCCUAGGCUGCUCUUGAACUCCUGGCCUCAAGCCGUCCUGCCACCUCAGCCUGCCAAAGUGCUGAGUUUACAAACAGGAGCCACCAUACCUGACCUUCACUGAUAUGUUUUAAAAGCUCUCCAGGGUGGAAAAUGUCUAUGGAUGUGACAUUUCUGGGGACGGGUGCGGCAUACCCAUCUCCAACCCGGGGUGCCUCUGCUGUGGUCCUUCGGUGUGAAGGCGAGUGCUGGCUCUUUGACUGUGGGGAGGGAACACAGACACAGCUUAUGAAAAGCCAACUUAAAGCAGGGAGAAUUACCAAGAUCUUCAUCACACACCUUCAUGGAGACCAUUUCUUUGGCCUUCCUGGGCUCCUCUGCACAAUCAGCCUGCAGAGUGGCUCCAUGGUGUCCAAACAGCCUAUUGAAAUCUAUGGCCCUGUAGGGCUUCGGGACUUUAUCUGGAGAGCCAUGGAACUCUCUCACACAGAGCUGGUCUUCCAUUAUGUGGUUCAUGAACUGGUUCCUACAGCGGAUCAAUGUCCUGCAGAAGAACUAAAAGAAUUUGUGCAUGUGAAUAGAGCAGACAGUCCUCCCAAAGAGGAACAAGGAAGAACUAUCCUGUUAGACUCAGAAGAAAACUCAUACCUUCUGUUUGAUGAUGAACAGUUUGUUGUAAAAGCAUUUCGCCUCUUUCACAGAAUUCCCUCAUUUGGGUUUUCAGUCGUGGAAAAGAAACGCCCAGGUAAACUCAAUGCACAGAAACUUAAAGACCUUGGUGUUCCACCAGGUCCUGCCUAUGGGAAGCUGAAAAAUGGAAUUUCUGUUGUUCUGGAAAAUGGGGUUACAAUUUCUCCCCAAGAUGUCUUAAAAAAGCCUAUUGUUGGAAGAAAAAUCUGCAUAUUGGGUGACUGCUCUGGGGUUGUGGGUGAUGGAGGAGUAAAGCUGUGCUUUGAAGCAGACCUGUUGAUCCACGAAGCGACCCUGGAUGAUGCCCAGAUGGACAAAGCAAAGGAGCACGGCCACAGCACACCACAGAUGGCAGCGACAUUUGCAAAGUUGUGCCGUGCAAAGAGGCUGGUUCUGACUCACUUCAGUCAGAGGUACAAACCAGUUGCCUUGGCCAGAGAAGGAGAAACAGAUGGCAUUGCAGAACUAAAAAAGCAAGCUGAAUCAGUGUUAGAUCUCCAAGAAGUGACUCUAGCAGAAGAUUUUAUGGUGAUAAGCAUUCCAAUCAAGAAAUGAAACCAGUGUUCCUGAGUGCACACUGACAUGUCUGUGAAUAUGUUACUGAACCUAUAGUCCAGUUUUUUUAUUUCUUGUUUUAGUCUGAAAUUAUUUGGGCCCUAAUAAUCCUAAAAAGAAUGGAGCUGCAUUGAUGAAUUGGCUCAGUAUUUAAAGAGAGCAAGCUUUUUGAUAAUAAAUCUUUUUAAGAGAAAAAAA